AUGCAUAAAUCCGACUCAACAGCCAUUGGUCGAGUCCUGGACAUCAUUCAGUCCCAGCCUACUGAUAAGCUCACCAGUGUGCUGGAUAUAGUUCUCCGGUGGUCGACGAUCCGACUGAAUGAAAAGAACUCGACUAUCACCAUGCGGGUGCUCAACUAUCUCCACUCAGUCGUUGAACAGUUGCGCAAGGAGGAAUACUUCAUGUCUCCCUUUGAAGCCAUCCCUCUGUUGCCGCACUUGAUUUUAAAGCUCGGAGAAGCUCGUGUUGAAGUUCGAACUCUUGUCGAACAGAUUCUCAAUGAAAUCCGUCUUCUUUUUCCGGAGAAACAAAUUUUCGAAGAGUUACUUCAGGGUGCAAAGUCGAAAAACUCUCGUCAACGAGCGGCUUGUUUAACCAUCUGCGCUGGAAUGAUCCAGAAUUCGGGCAUUGAAAUCAUUGGUGAUCCAACGAAAGGAAAUUACAAAGAGAUUGGUGCUCAUAUUUCUGAUAAGGAUCAAAACGUACGAUCAAGUGCGAUGAAUUGCCUUGUCGAAGCCUAUAAAACAGUUGGUGAGGAGCUUUUCAAAUCAAGAAUGGUCGGCAAGCUUGGAGACAAGGAAGAGUCUUACUUGAGAGAGCGGAUUAAACGAACACUCGGAACGUCAGAUACGUCAGCCAACGAAGCUCCAGUUCUUGCUCCGAAAAAGGCAUCUGAGACUCCACGCCGAGGAACAGUAACGCUUAAAAAGGGUGCUACACAACCUGUUAAACGAGAUCUGCCUGAGGUGUCUAAGAGCGUGGACAGCAAGCUUAUGGAACGAUUCGGCUUCAAAGUGCCAACAUCAGCUUCUAUCGAUUUUAAGUCACCAGUGAUGAAGUCUGUCAACAGCGAAAGCAUCAGUAAGGUUCCCCGUCCGCCGAGUGCUAGUAGCCGUAUUCCGAAACUCGAGAAAGAAAAAGAGAUUGAAGAGCUAGCGAAUCUUGUUGAUCACUUCUAUCUUACCGAAAACAAGAUAGAAGAUUUGCGAAAAAAGCUAAACACGCUCAAUCUUGCGACUUUCAGAGAUGGUGCGAAGACCUUGAAAAUUAUUCUGAAUGAGACAGAAAAGCCGAUUUCUCUCUCAGAUCAAGAGCUUUCUGGUCUUCUCUUGCCUGUCGCGAAAAAUGGUCUCCAGCUCUCAAAGCAAGCCAUCGAUCAAGGCGAGCUUCGUGUCACGCAGCAUGUGACAAUCCUUUGCUGUAGCAUUCUCCAGAAGUUUAUCAAAGGAAAAGACUACCGCGAUCGGAUUAACGGAGAUGACUUGGCUGCAAUUGGAGCAUUUCUAUUCACCAUGCUCAAAUGCAGAGAAGCCCAGGAGAUCAUCAAGACCAUUGAUCCUAAGUUUACUUCUGCGAUCCUACAGGUGAUCAGUGAUGUCUCAAAGCAGUGCAAACAUGACCGAGUAUCCCUCAUGUACUUGGAUCUCAUUUCAAGCGCCCUUCGUGAUGAAAAACUGGAAGAAAUUCAAGCGAUUAGCAACAAUUUCUACAAGUUUUUCACACUUCGCAAUACGACGGAGAAGCUGAAUGAGAACGACGUCUCGAAAGUCUACUAUCCAGCAGAAAGUUUCUUCGCGGAGUUUCCUAAAAGUCACCAGGUGUUCAAAAAGAACCCUGAGUAUUUCAACGCGCUGAGAACGGUUGUCACAUUUACAACUAACCUGACUCGCCACAACGGCGACGCUGUCGAAAGAUUCAUCAGGAAGUUCCAGCCAAAGAAAUCAAGUCUUUUGAGCCUCAUCGAAAAGGAACUUCUCAAGAAAAAAGCGAAGGAUUCUCAGGAUGAAAAUGCUCGGCAAGCUUUCACAAAUGCUCUCGCUCAAAUCAAGAAAGUAGAGAGCCAUGACGCCGGAUUAGAAGCUUUGCAUCAGUUUGUCUCGGCGAACCCAGAAUUCGAUCUUGAUGCGGGACUUUCUAAAGAGGACGAAAAGUUCAAGGCUUACGUCAAUAAGAAGCUCGGCGAUAAAAAAGCUGGUCACGAAGUUACGAUGAUCAGCAGCGCUCCACCAACUGCAAGCGCUAUCGAACAACGGGCAAAAGUAAUGAGCGAGAAAUACUCUCUCAUUUCCCAGCCCAGUAAACUGAAGAAGCCGACUGCAAAGGACGAAAAAGAAAACGUCUCGACAGCGGCGCCAGUCGAAGCUCGGAAAGUGCCCUCGAAGAGCACCCUGGACGAGUAUCGAAGACGACUGGAGCAGCUGCGCAACGCUAGAAAGUAG